AUGCGUCUCAAGCUAAUCUUGGCUUAUGGAAGCAUUGCUGCCAUCUAUGGGCCUAGAAACCUCACCGUCAGCUUCAGUUUCGACGCCCGAAAGCAUGCUCAGUCCAAGCUCAUCAGAGUCCACAUCACUCACUUCAACACCAUUGUCAACACCUUCAUCGACACCUUCAUCAAUAUAUGUAUCGACACCUACGUCGACGCCUUCGUCCAACACUUUAACAACACCUGCAUUAAGCAGUACCCUAAGUACCGACAGCAGCGCUUCUCCGUCAUCGAGUGCUAUCGAAUCUACAUCUCUGCCAGUUACCUCGACUACAGCUGUUUCCACUACCAGUUCGACAUCCUCUGCCCCUACAUCGACGAUUACUACCCCGGCUGA